AUGCGAGCGCGGCGUCACGCGUCGGUGAGAACAGCCACAUGCGCACGCACAGGCAGCUGGCUGACGUGCGAGCGAGAGAGCGCUACCUGCCAGAAAAGGAAGGCUGCGGCGGCGGGGUGCGAGCGUGCGAGCGCGGCGUCACGCGUCGGUGAGAACAGUCACUUGCGCACGCACAGGCAGCUGGCUGACGUGCGAGCGAGAGAGCGCUACCUGCCAGAAGAGGAAGGCUGCGGCGGCGGGGUGCGAGUGUGCGAGCGCGGCGUCACGCGUCGGUGA